AUGGAAAUCUUUCUGGAAUUCUAUAUUAAAGAAUACGGAUACUUGGAUUUCUACUACCUCGACCAAAAUAAUCGGUCACUAGUAUUUUCCAGUGAAGCAACAGAGCUCUUAGAGCUGAUACUUUAUCUCUUACACGUAUCCUACGCGUCACGACCGCAGCCAAGUAGACGCCUAAUUGAUAAACGCAUACUUUUAGAAAUCUUCAGGAGCGACAGGUUCUUCCCAUGUCCCUCCUUUUUCCACAUUCUUGUGCUAGGGCAUAACCACGCGCGUGAGGUUUCUACCGAUGCUGGUUUAUUGCUGGUUGAAAACUACAACCAAUACCCGUCUGCGGUACCUUCGGGUGCAGCAGCAAUUUUUGGCAGUCUCACUAAAAGUUCAAAAAAAGGGCAAGAAAAGGGUAAUGCUAUGCUCAUAAUGCUGUCACUGUCAAAUCUUUCACUGCUUGAAUCUGUAUCUGCAUAUCGUCAAAGCAUACGUAUGCAAACGAUAUCCCCUGUCUCUAAAAGUCCUCCCCAUCAAUACAAGAACUCUUAA